UUGGUUUUUCACCUUGUCUGGUCUUCUAAUCUCCUUUUACCCUUUUUUUUAUUUUAGGCCCGUUUUGAUUUGUCUUAGAGAGAGGCAGGGUCUUCUUUUGGCUCUCACACAAACCACCCCUCAUUUAACAACCUGGCAAACGCAACCCGUCGCCGAGAGAAAUCAAGCGCCUAACCAGUGUAGGACUGGGCACCACAAGCCACGCCCGUUUCCUCUUCCCGGUCAAAUCGCCUAAAAAAGUUUCGUCAUUGCGCCUCCCACCCGUCCCGUUGUCAGGCCGCACCUUGGCUUUGGGUUGGAAGAUCCCCGCACAUCACCUAUAGAAUAAGAGGAGAAAAAUUCCUUAGAUAAAAAAAAAAACAAAAAAAACUAAAAGCGCCGGCUUUGCGAAAUCAGCUCGCGCACAAGCAAUUGGCGCAGUUGUGCUCAUCAAUUGAGCAAUCAUGAAGUACGGCGAGCUGCUCGAGACCGAGUCUGUACCAGAAUGGAGCCUUCAUAAUAUCGACUACAACAGCCUCAAAAACUUUGUCAAAGUUCGUACAACCAAGGGCCAGGCAACAGCAAUCACCAUACCGGGUCAUCAGGACGCCGCCCUCCGGAAAUUUGAGGAAGAGUUCUACACCGAGCUGUGCCACCAACAUGCGCGUGUUGGUCUCUUCGUGACAAGCAAAGCGGAUGAGCUCUCGAGGCGAUUACAGCACCUCUCCGAUUGCAUACACAACACCCUGCGAAGAUGUGCGCAAAAGCAGAUUUCACCCAGGCGACAACGGAGGCUUGCCAGAUACGCACAACAGGCAUCCCAGUGCGGUGAAGAGAUCCAUGACCUGGAGCGAUUCGUCAACGCCCAGGUUGUCGCCUUUCGGAAGAUACUCAAGAAGUAUAAGAAAUGGACCGGUUCGCAAACCCUAUGUGCCCGAUUCAGGGAUUCCAUUCUUUCCGACCCAAAAAGCUUCACGAACCGCGAUUUCCAUCAGUUACAGGUCCAGUACGAUGACCUUUCUUCCGAAUUAUUAGCCAUCACACCCCAGAACCUUUCGAGACCCGACACUCCGCCAUCGGUCGAUGAGGCACCGACUCCGGUCAGACGAACCAGCGUCCAGUUCCAACAAGAUUCUUUGAACCAAGACCGACCACCGCGGGAGCCGCCUGUGGUUAGCUACUGGAACGAGUACGACAACGGCAGCGACGCUGGUGACGACGAAGGAUACACAAUAUACGUCGACCCAGAUGAGGAAACAUAUCUCCAUUUCCCAGGUCUCUCGAGCUUAUUGCACGUUCUCGCGAUGCCCGUAGAAAAGGCAAAGUCGAUUUUGAACCUGAAGGCUGUCGACGGCGAGCGACAGCCACUUCUCCCGAAUCAUGUCGGAAACAUAGCCGCCCUACGCCCAGACGCCUGCCACACGGGCCAAACACUAUACGGCACCCACAGCCGACCCGACACUGCGAACCAGCGUGACGUCUCACCCAUGAACACUCACACCAUGUCGGACGGAUACAGCGCCGAGGACGAGCAGAACUUGGACCAAAUUAGCGACGACGAGUUCCCUCGAGGCUACGAGGCUCGUUUCGCCGCGCUGCCGUCGAUCAACGAGCAGCGUAUCGCCAGAUACAGGGAACGCGUUCUCUUUUGGGGUUCCGUGGGGGCCAAUGUCGCGGCCCUUGUCCUCCUCGGGGUCGCGAGCCUGCUUAUCAUGACAGGCAAACACCGACUGAGGGUCGAGGUCGAUGCGGGCGUCAUCGUCGGCGUCAUGGCCAGCCUGGCUGCCGCGUGUGCAGCGCUGGGCAUGACGCUUGCCAGGAACCAGGACACCAUCAGCUGGAUUAACUAUCUAGCCGUCUACCUCACUUUUACGGUAAUUUGCGUCCUGAACGGGAUGCUGCUCGUCUUGGUUAUGGGCAACACGGUGAUGGCGUAGAGAAUUUCUAAGAGGAAGAGCGAGGGAUGAAUCGAGUCGAGCGAUAAACAAAGCGUGAAACAAUCGACGCCGGUGGCUUUCGAGUGUUUUAAUCAUAUCAUAGCGAAAGCCUCUGCCGAGCGGGACCGCCAGAUAACAAUUGGAGUCAUAAAUAUUGGUUGAGUACAGCGUCGAGGAGGAACAUUGUGGCACGACUAUAUAUUGUUUGUGAGGCUAGUGACACUGGUCUUAGAACGGCAUGAGGGAGAUGAGCAAAGGCUGUGGUCUUGGAAUGCCUGUACCUCGGGAGUGAGAGGGGUACAAAUGUAAGCCCAUCGAUUCGGGGGCUUGGUUGUCACUCCAAUGACAUGGCUAAGAUCGGCAUUGAGAGAAUGGUAGUAAUUUUUUUUUUAUAUAACUUACAGAGACAACUGACGUUUACAUGUCACUAUUAGCCGUAGCUAAAUAUAUA